GACUGAUGAACUGUUCUGUUUCUGUCUGCGAUGCGUUCAGGGGAUGAUUCCUGGUUUCGGUACCGACUUCAUGAGUAAAGGAAACGAGCAGGAAUCAAUGGCCCGACUGAAGAAACUGAUGACCAUCAUGGACAGCAUGAACGACCAGGAGCUGGACAGUAAAGACGGAGCCAAACUGUUCAGUAAGCAGCCCAACAGGAUCCAGAGGGUGGCCCGGGGGUCCGGGGUCGCCACCAGAGACGUCCAGGAGCUGCUGACUCAGUACACCAAGUUCGCCCAGAUGGUCAAGAAGAUGGGCGGCAUCAAGGGGCUGUUUAAAGGAGGAGACAUGUCGAAGAACGUGAACCCGUCUCAGAUGGCCAAACUGAACCAGCAGAUGGCAAAAAUGAUGGACCCCCGAGUCCUGCACCACAUGGGUGGGAUGGCCGGCCUGCAGUCGAUGAUGCGGCAGUUCCAGCAGGGAGCCGCCGGCAACAUGAAAGGCAUGAUGGGAUUUAACAACAUGUGACCGCCGACCAACCAGCUGCCUUAAAAUAUGACACCUUCAAAUUAAAGCCCCGCCUCCUGACAGGUGGAGAGGGGCGGGGCUUAGAGAGGGGGGAGAGAGAGCGAGCAGGAAGUGUAGAAAGAGAAAAUAAAAACAGGAUGUUUGGGGUUUGAUUCUGUCCUCUGCUGCUUCACACCGAAAAUUUAAAAAAAACACUGAUUUAAAGAAGCAGUUCGUCAUUUUAGCAAGUUUCUUCUUCAGGUGUUUUAGAGAAACAUCUGACGGGUACCAGAUGUUGGACUGCUCCUUUAAACGACGCAGAGGAGGGGGAGGAAGAUGAGCUGGUUGUUUUUGGGCUCGUUAAUUUAAUUCUGUAUAAGAUGUUUGUGUAUAAGAUUUAAACGGAUCAGAGUCUGUCCUGAUUGGCCAGGAGACGCCACAUGGUGAUGAUGAUGAAGAUAACAUUAGUUAGUGACAGUAUUUUUGUCAUAUAAUAAAAAUUUGUAUUGCACCAUUUUAAA